AUGUUGUUUUUUGAACGUGUUCGUACAAUAGCUUUGUUAUGCUUAACCGUAUUUGGAUGUACAGGAAAUAUUUUAACAUUAAUUGUUGUUAAUCAACGAUUUUUUCGAAAAACUGCUUCGGCUUCUUUUAUAUCAGCUUUAUCAAUUGCCGAUUGUAUUGUAUUAUGUUUACAAAGUUUACAAAUUGUAACUAAACUUCAACCACAAGUAACAUCCUAUGAUUGUGUGGUAUUCUUUCUUAUGGAUGUAUUUCGUCUUUUAUCUGUUUGGAUUAUUUGUUUUAUUAAUAUCGAACGUUGUUCCUUGGUAUUUAAUCCAUGCUAUAUGCCACGUUUAACUAGUCGUACUAAAUCGCGUAUACUUGUAUUAAUAUUAUUUAUUAUUUCUUUACUUAUAUUCAGUCAUUAUUCCCAUCAUAUGCAUAUUGAAUAUGUUUUUAAAACUAAUCAAACAGUUCCAAUACGUUCAUUUUGUGCAUUUAAACCAAAAUUUCAUCGUCUAACAUGGGAAUGUGUCAAAUCUGGUUUAACAUAUUGGUUUACUGUACCUUUAUGUAUUAUUUGUAAUCUUAUUAUAAUUCAACGUCUUCAUCGAGCAUCACAUAUUGAACGUACAUUAAAUAAUGAAAAUUUAAGAACAAAUCAUUUCGUUAAUACAAAUAAAUUAGAUUUAUCAAGUAAACAACGACAAUUAACAGCAAUGCUUGUAACAUCAUCAAUAUGUUUUGUAUUAACAGCAACACCAUCAACAAUACAUGCAAUUUAUAUAUUGAUAACACGUAAAAAAACUAAUGUUCAAUAUGCAAUACAUAUAUUUACAAAUAUUUUACUUCAUUUUCAUCAUGCAUCGAAUUUUUUAGCUUUUAUUUUUUCAUGUACACGUUUUCGUAUUGAAUUAUUAAAUUUAUUUCGACGAUAUUUUUAUUGUCAGAUUUAUAUGAAAUGGUUUAAACGUUCAAUACCAAAUACUGAACAAAAUUUAAUUUAUUCAACUAAACAACAAAAAUCACCAAUGAAAUUAUUAACAACAAAAAUAACUGAAAAAAAACGAAAUAUUCAAUCACAAAAUCAUAAUGAAAUUGCUCUACUUGAAAUAAAUAAGUAUAAAAAACCUCAUCAACAAAGAAUGCAACCAUUUAUAUAA